UUUCAUUUUUUAAAGUAUUCAUCAAUUAAUAUAAUAUGAAAAAUUCCUUACCUUAGGCUGCAUAGCUUGUUCAAUUAAAUGUAUAAAACUAUUAUACUUAAAGUACUUAUAAAGUUAAUUUUUAAAAGAAGCAAGGUUAUGAGUUCUGAUUUAUUGUUAUCAUUUACCCAGACACCAGUGAAGUCAGAAGUUAAUAAUGUAAGAAAUUAUAAAGGGCUUUUUCUAGUUGGAGUAACUGGUGGUGUAUCUAUUGUUUUAAGUGUCAUUUGUUAUCCAUUUAUUUCUCCUGCUUUACGAAAAAUAUGUUUACCAUAUGUUCCAGCAACUAGUGUUCAAGUUCAAAAUGUACUGAGAAUCCUUAAAGGGCGUUCUGGAAAAUUAGUUGAUCUGGGAAGUGGUGAUGGAAGAAUUGUGAUUGAGUCUGCCAAAAAAGGUUUUGAAUCAGUAGGAGUUGAAUUAAAUUAUUGGUUAAUAUUAUACUCAAGAUUGAUUUCAUUACUAUCUAACAUUAAACCUCGUCCAAAAUUCAUUCGAUCAGAUUUAUGGAAGUAUAACUUAAAACCAUUUCCAAAUGUUGUUAUAUUUGGUGUAGAUGAAAUGAUGUUAAAGCUAGAGGAAAAGUUUAAUAUGGAAUUAAAUGAUGGAGCAGUAGUUAUUGCUUGUCGAUUUCCUCUUCCAAAUUUGGUACCAUAUCAAGUUAUUGGUACAGGUAUAGAUAAAGUAUGGGCUUAUAAGAUUAGUAAAAAUAAAACUCAAGAUAUAUAGCAGAACAUAUAAAGGAUCAAAAAAAAAAAAAAUGACCUAAUUGUGCUUGGUGACUAUGUUAUUUUAUUUAUUUUCUGCUAUUACCUUGAUAAGAAGGUAUUAUUUUACAUAAUAUAUAUUUUUUUCAUUGUA